AUGAAUACCAGUAAUCAACUAGACAAUGCGCUAAGUGAACCAAUUACUAAUUUCGAACAAAUAUCACCUAUUCCAAGAAAUUCGUAUGCAGAUAAUGCAGAUAGUCAGUGCAAUUCAAGUAAAAUGUGUAAAGACUACCAUGAUAAUAAGAAAUUUAUCGAUUCGUCUGAAUUUACAUUUAACAACAAUUGUUAUCUUAUGUAUAAUCAAAAUUAUAAAAUCAGCAAUAAUAAUAAUAAUAAUCCUAAUACUACUCAUGACAGUGAGAUAUUUAAACAAACGCUAUCAUCGAAACAAAAUGAAAAUAUGGAGAAAACAAAUCAUUUUGUGAAUUAUUUAUUAGAAAAUGCUAAAUUCAAUCAGAGUAAUGUCAACGGAAAUAGAAUUAAAUUUGAUAAUAAAGAUUUAAUGCUAUCCGACUCCUAUAACACAUCGUUGAAUUCUCCACCUUCUUCGGUUUCAUCCAAAUCCGACUUAGAUAAUCAUGACAAUAAAAAUUCAUUUGAUUAUUUAACAGGACAAAAUUUUCAACAAAAAGUUACUUUCAAACUACAAUCAAUCCAAGAACUUGCUCUCUAUCAUCAAACUUUGCAUUGCCCAACUCCAGGAUGUACCGGUAGAGGACAUGUGAAUAAUAAUCGUUCAUCUCAUAGAAGUUUUUCUGGUUGCCCUCUUGCAAGUCGAAAUCGAAAUAGACAAUCAAAACGGCCAUUAUCACCACAAAAACUUGAAUCACGGCAUAAAUCAAAUCACAUUGGAACAAAUCAUGAAAAUAAUACAUCCAUGUCUAAGAAAUUCUAUCAAUCAAUUGGUUUGUUAAGUAAGCCGAAUCCAUCAAAUUCAUCACUUUCCACACUAUCAGCAUCAUCGUUACCAACAUCUGAUUUCAUGAAACAAUCACAACAAUUUCAAGCAAUACCUCCAACUGAUUCUUUACUUGCAAACUUUCCACCUAAAAUCAUGAAUCCUACUGAUUGGACAAAUUCAAACAAUCUGGUCAAUGAAUUCUCUGAUUCGUUUUCUAAAUCACUUUAUAACUUAUUGCCUAACCUUAUGAAUACACCACAAUUUUCAACAUUAUUAAACUGUUCCACAGCAGUUGCCAGUAAUGAUAGUAAUAUGGCUAACUUAUAUUAUAAUUCACAAACUCUCUAUCCUAUAUUUAACCCAUCUACAUUAUUGAAUACCACUAAUACUACUGUUAGUACCACUGUUAAUAAUAAUGAUAAUUCAAAUGUUAAAGAGGUGUCAACUUCUUCGAAACCUAAAGAUAUGAAUUUCCCGAAAUAUGUGAACAAUGUUUCAUAUAAUUUGAAUUUACCACGAUAUGAUGAUAUUCUUCCGCAAUCUUUCAUGUAUCAUAAUCGAUACAAGAGUAGACAUUUACUACCAACCAAAUCAGUUGACACAAAUCACAAUGUUAGCAAUGAUCUAGUGUCUGAGAAAUCGACUGCAUUAGCACAAAUUAAUUGUGGAACAGAGAAUUUUUCGGCAAACGACCAUAGUUUCCUAAUCAAUCAAUGCUCCCCUUCAUCAUUGAUACAAUUACACACAGAUUUAAAUAAAAAUUAUCCAAUGUCUAACUCUCUGUGUAAUGAAAAUAAACUGGAAUGCCCGAUAGAUUUAUCGUUACAUUCGAAAAGCCAAGUAAAGAAUAAUGACAAAAUUCCUGUCACUUGUGAUAAUUUACCGACAGAAAAGAUAAUUGGUCGUUCAUUUGAAAUUGGUAAUCUUUGUCCGGAACUAAAUGAAUCCCAAAAAGAGGUGAAGAAUUUAUCUUUAUGCACAAAAUCAAUGAAUUCAAACAACACUAAUGUCAUAACAACUUCUUCUCCCUCUACUAUUACACAAUUUAUACCGAAUUCAGAAAAUUUAAUAAAUAUUCCAUUAUCACUAAAUUCCAAUAGCUUUCUUGGUGAAGCUGUCUUGUCAGCCGAUUUGCUUUCAAACAGGAAACAUAUUUAUGAAGGCAAAAAGUGUUAUACUAAUAUGGAGUGUUUAAAUCUAUUGCAAGGAAGGUCAGAUUUUGAAGCAGCGAAUGUUUUGUUUGCAUUCAACUAACAAUUUAUUCAAAUCAUGCAUAAAACCAGAAGAUUUUCAUCUUCAUUAAAAUCA